AUACGCAACAGUGUAGAGUUGGUGUAAUCAUUUCUCGAGCUCGAAUUACUCGAUUUUCAUUGAAAGUGAUCGAAUCGAAAGUUCCAAGUACCAAUCUUGUAGUCGAGAGUAGUCGUCUGCGAUUGCCUGUGGUUGUCUGCUUUGCCGUCUGGCCUGUCUGCGACCCUACGACUGCGACACAACAAACAUGGCGCAUCGUGGUGUGAAAGGUUCCGAUCCAUUCGUUUCGAAAACAUCACGAAAUGAACGUUUCGCGCAAAUGUCGAAGCAAGAAAAAAUAAUUCAGCAAAAGAAGCUCGAGAUACAAGCGAAGAUGCAAGAGCAAAAAGCAAAAGAAGCUGUUGAAAAUUUAAAAAAGUCAAAUGCGCUAGUUCCAAAUUCGACAGCGAAUAAAGCUAAUUCUACCAAAAAACAAGAAGAGAAACCAGCAGCAACAGCAUCGCAAACGAUUAAUCUGUUUGCCAACGAUGGCAGUUUUUUGGAUCAAUUUAAAAAAAUGGCCAACACAAAAGGAACAGGAAAAACAGAGGCAAUAUUUUCUUUGAAAUCGGAAGAGACCAGGGAAGAAAAAUAUAAAGAGAGUUUGCAGAACAAAGAACGAAAGAGACACAAUGAUAAAAGCAGAGAUUGGGAGAGUAAAAGGGAUCGUAGAAGAGGGGAUUCUCGUUGGGAAAAGAGUUCCGUGCACAAGAGGCAUAGUCCUCCAUCGAGCCCGUCUCCUACUAGACGGCCAGCAUCACAAAGUCCGGAAGCUCGACGUUCCUUUAAUCAAUUACCUUCUAAUGGACAACGCGUGCAACACAGUCAGCAACAAUAUUUUCCUCGAAAUGGAAAUUCACCACUCGUUCCUUCCCAUGCAUCUCAGCCUAUAAUGCAUCUCACAAACGUACCUCCGCCUAAUAUAAGGAGCAUUAUAACCAAUGUUCCUCCUCCGCAUUUAUCGAGAAUGCCCCCUCCAAAAAAUUUGGCCAACUCAUAUCCCGGGAUAGGAUCCGACGACCACCACCAUGCCGAUCCAAGAAUGCAAAUAUCACCACCGCACGCGUUACAUCCACCACCACCUCCUCCUCCUCCUCCUCCUCCACCACCAGCACCACCUUCCAUACAGUCUAUACCUCCGAAUACUAACGUACCUCCACCGAACAUGCAUAUUUCUCGGACGAUACCACCAAAUCUGCAAAAUUUACCACCACCACCUCCACCUCCUUCAACACCGUCUACAUCUUGUUCAUCGCUCUCGUCGUCCUCGUGCUCCUCUUCUCUACCUGCCACCUCUUUGUCCCGUUCAGCCUCCCCUUUGAGCUCCUCGUUAACGUCAACGCUACAAGCUCCGUCAUCGUCUUCGCCAGCCGCGUCAUUUUCCUUGUCGGCAUCUGCAUCCGCAUCUCUAUCGUCAACGUCGGUCACGUCAGGAAAUGCGCAGCAGCAGCAACAGCAGCAGCAGCAGCAGCAACAACAACAUCAACAACAACCACAACAACAACAACAACAACGUGUAAUUUCGUCGAGACGACCACAAUGCGGCGGAGCUUCGGCCGCGAGUUUGCUUGCUCCAAAUAUUCCACCUCCUAAUUUGUUAGCAACGAUGACUCAAAUGCCACCAAAUAUGAUGUCGAUUUCUGCGGCCUCACAAACAAUCGUCGUAACCGUACCAACGAAUGCAUCGAAUGUUCCUCCACCGAAUGUGAUACCACCUGUAUUGAUGUCCGCACCACCCCCUACCGUUCACGGGGUUCCGUCAAGUAUAAAUUCAGUUCUUCCACCGCCAAAUUUGAAUAUUCCACCACCGAAUGUGCCACCACCUCCUCUUAUUCAAAACGCCGGUCCACCAGCACCUCCUCCCCCUCCUCCUCCUCCUUCUUUAUUAUCAACCAGUUAUCCGAUUCCAAAUCAAGUGAGUCAGGUACCACCCGUGGGACCGCAUAACAUUCAAGUGCCACCACCGGUGAGGCCAUUGACCGGUCAACAGGCUACCGAACAGCUAGUGUGUCCCGUAGAGGCUGAGCAGCUGGCACGCAUCGUCGCUGACUGCGGGGAUGAAAUCGAACAGGAAGCGCGAGAGAAGAAUGCCCAAGAUCCUAAAUUAUGGUUUCUGCACCAAAAGCAAAGUGCAGCGUAUCUGCAGUACAGGGGAUUGGUGGCAAAGUUCCGUGCUGAAAAGUCUGCCGGUGAAUUUAAAGAUAGCGGUGCCGAACCGUAUUGUCCGGAGGAAGCUCUCAGCGACAACGACGAUACCGCCGAUCAAAGUCAAACGAACAGACACAUUUGUUCGCAAGAAAGAAAACGCGAAAGAGAGUUGGACGAUGAGAAUUGUACGGAUAGGACCAAGGAGGAAAACAAAGAAGAACGUAAACGAAAAAGACGUAGUCGUUGGGGCGAUCCGGAUAAUAAAGUGUCCGUAGCGGAAACGAAUAGCUUACCCACACGCAAACAACAAAAUACCGGUCUCUCGCAGCCAGGUAUCGCAAUUCCCGGACAAAUUGGACAGCCAGCCGUUAUAAUUCCAUCGGCGAAGGUGCAACAUCCGAAAGCGAAGAAUCCAAUGUUGACGAAAAUUUCUAGAAACGAUCCUGCGUUGUUACAAUACGCUCGACAAACAUUCGGUACGUUGGAUCUUACCGAAGAACAAUGGAAAAAAGCCGAGGAUCAUUACAAGAUAAACCUUCUGUAUCAAAAUUUAUUGAGAAAAAGGGAGGAAUUGAAACGCUUGGAGGCGCAGGGCAAGCAUAAAUACGAAUACGAUAGCGACGAAGAAACGGAAGGUGGCACUUGGGAACACAAGCUUAGGUCCGCCGAGAUGGAGGCCACUCAAAUGUGGGCGGAAGAGUUAACCGCUCAGGCAGAAGGGAAACAUCACAUCGGCGACUUUUUACCACCGGACGAGCUUAAAAAAUUCAUGGAACAGUACAAUGCGGUGAAACAGGGAAAGGAACCCGACCUUAGCGAUUACAAGGAAUACAAGCUUAAAGAAGAUAACAUUGGAUUUCAGAUGUUGCAGAAGCUUGGUUGGAGCGAAGGUCAAGGUUUAGGUAGCGAAGGCAACGGUCGCAUCGACCCUAUCAACAAGGCGACCAACCGAUUCGAUAGCGCUGGCUUGGGUUCCGAAAGACCAGACGGUGUAUCCAGAGACGAUGACGAAUUCGAUGCCUAUAGGAAAAGAAUGAUGCUCGCCUACAGAUUUAGGCCUAAUCCUUUGAAUAAUCCUCGGAGACCAUAUUAUUGAGGAAAGGAGUAUCGGUGUAUGAAUUGUAUUUAUUACAUUAUGUAUCUAUAUUUUUUAUUUUUUAUUUAGUUGGAGAACGAAUCGUCGUUAUUUUGUAUAUUUGAAAUUCUUCGAGCAUAGAAAAUUACGAUCAAACCAUGUUAUCUGCCCAAAAGUGGUUAAUACGAUUAAAUAAAUGAAAUACGAAGCUUG